AUGUCUUACUGUCUUAACUUAGACUGCUUAUCCCACGAAUGGUAUGUCAUGGAUUUGGUAAAUAUUGCUGCUAUUAAGGCUGCUGUCGAAGGCGCUGAGGAGCUAACAGCAGCACAGUUAGAGUUUGCUAAAGACAGGAUAAUGAUGGGUACAGAGCGGAAGACGAUGUUUGUUUCUGAAGAGUCAAAGAAGGAUUUCAUUCUGUUAGCCAUAGCUGAUGUUACCUACGUAUGUUUCCAGCUCACAGCAUAUCAUGAGAGUGGGCAUGCUAUUGUUGCCUUCAAUACUGAUGGUGCACAUCCAAUUCAUAAAGUAACGAUCAUGCCACGUGGAUCUGCUUUGGGAAUGGUUACACAGCUCCCUUCAAAUGAUGAAACAUCAAUUAGUAGGCCUCCACCGGCUUCUUGA